AGAUCAUCCGCAUGGUCUGUGGGGAGUAUAAAAGGAUGUACCAUCUUGCGUCAGGAAACAUCGCAAAACCUUCUGGUUCCUUUCGCGACAUUCGGCCUCUGCUCUUUCUGCGCCUACUCAGCUCCCACCAGCGCCUACAACCCCCAGCUCCCCAAACCAAACACAACCUCCAGUCCUCCUCCCACAACUCUCAAAUGGACUCCUUUACCGACGUCGUUUUUCUCAUCUCCCCUACCGCCGCUGCGGACAACUUCCCUCACAUCGUUGAUCAACCUGUUGUCGACAGUGACAGUAUUGCAGCCGACUACGGCUCAUACUGUGUAGUCUCUUGAGUUGGUUUCAUCUUCCCCGCUUUCAUGUUCCUCCUACUUCGCUUUACGUCUGUUGCCUACUUCGCAUUGCUCGCCCUGGUGGCGCACACGCUCAUUCAACGCCCACACUCAUCGAUCAGCCUUCCACAUACGCUUCAUGAUUCACGCUCAUUUGUCCUGUCUGUAUCCGUAUUGCCCUCUCAUCAGUGUUCUUUAUUACUACGUCUAUCUAUGUAGUCUCCUACUGGGUUGUUAACUAUUAUUUGUC